GGACGCCAGGAGACAAUGACCAAGCUGAAGGUUACUGGUUACUUGGAUGAUUGUACCUGUGACGUUGAAACCAUCGAUAGAUUUAAUAACUACAAACUUUUCCCAAGACUACAAAAACUUCUUGAAAGUGACUACUUUAGAUAUUAUAAGGUAAACCUGAAGAGGCCGUGUCCUUUCUGGAAUGAUACCAGCCAGUGUGGAAUAAGGGACUGUGCUGUCAAACCUUGUCAAUCUGAUGAAGUUCCUGAUGGAAUUAAAUCUGCAAGCUACAAGUAUUCUGAAGAAGCCAAUAAUCUCAUUGAAGAAUGUGAACAAGCUGAACGACUUGGCGCAGUGGAUGAAUCACUGAGUGAAGAAACGCAGAAGGCUGUGCUUCAGUGGACCAAGCAUGAUGAUUCUUCAGACAACUUCUGUGAAGCUGAUGACAUACAGUCUCCUGAUGCUGAAUAUGUAGAUUUGCUCCUUAAUCCUGAGCGCUACACGGGUUAUAAGGGACCAGACGCAUGGAAGAUAUGGAAUGUCAUCUAUGAAGAAAACUGUUUUAAGCCACAGACAAUUAAAAGGCCUUUAAAUCCUCUGGCUUCUAGUCAAGGAAAAAACAAAGAGAACACAUUUUACAGUUGGCUAGAAGGCCUCUGUGUAGAGAAAAGAGCAUUCUACAGACUUAUAUCUGGCUUACAUGCAAGCAUUAAUGUGCAUCUGAGUGCAAGGUACCUUUUACAAGAUACCUGGCUGGAAACGAAGUGGGGACACAACGUUACAGAAUUUCAGCAGCGGUUUGAUGCAGUUUUGACUGAAGGAGAGGGCCCCAGAAGGCUUAAGAACUUGUACUUUCUCUACUUAAUUGAACUAAGGGCUUUAUCUAAAGUGUUACCAUUUUUUGAGCGCCCAGAUUUUCAGCUCUUCACUGGAAAUAAAAUUCAGGAUGCAGAAAACAAAAUGUUACUUCUGGAAAUUCUUCAUGAGAUCAAGUCAUUUCCUUUGCAUUUUGAUGAGAAUUCACUUUUUGCUGGGGAUAAAAAAGAAGCCCAAAAACUAAAGGAGGACUUCCGGCUGCAUUUUAGAAAUAUUUCAAGGAUCAUGGAUUGUGUCGGUUGUUUUAAGUGUCGGCUGUGGGGAAAGCUUCAGACUCAAGGUUUGGGUACUGCUCUGAAGAUCUUGUUUUCUGAGAAAUUGAUAGCAAAUAUGCCAGAAAGUGGACCCAGUUAUGAAUUCCAUCUAACCAGACAAGAAAUUGUAUCACUAUUUAAUGCAUUUGGCAGGAUUUCUACAAGUGUGAAAGAAUUAGAAAACUUCAGGAAUUUGUUACACAAUAUUCAUUAAGGAAAAUGAUUUGAAAUAAGCCUGUUUUUGGAAAAUGAAGGCCAAAGAGUGGAAUAUCAUUUAAAGAUGUAAUGGCAAUGACAGUCUUCAGACCAACAUUUUAUAUUAAGCUGCUUUUGUAAAAGGAGAGUUAUAUUGUUUUAAGUAAAUAUUUUUAAAAUUGUCCUAUGUUUAAUAUUAUUGUGAAUAAACUACUUUGAUAAUGUGGUACAAAUUUUAAAGUUCAAUAUUGAAUAAGAGCAGGAUUAUCAGAUUCUUAUAUGCUCAGACCAGCUGAAUGAUGUUUUAAGUCUCUCAAAGUAGAGUUUUGUGUGAUAAGAUGUAAUAAAAAUUAUGGCAAAUGUGACAAAUGUUUAAUAGGAAAAUACUAGGGAGGCUUAUGAAUAACUCUUAACAGUGUAGAAUUUUUCAGUACAUUUAGGAUUGUCAGAUUUAUAAAGUAAAAAUGCAGAAUGCCCACUUAGAAUUGAAUUUCAGAUAAACGACUGGUUUACUUUAAAAUUUGUUGCAUGUGCUAUUCGGGACAUACUUAUAGAAAAAAUUAUUCAUUAUUUGUUUGAAAUUCAAAUGUUAACUGAGGUUCCUGCGUUUUAUCUGACAACCCUGCUCUUACAACCCAGUGUACUCUUACACUGGUAUGAGUAUGUCACUUUUAGAGUUAAAUUGCUAUUUUGACUAGGUUGUUUCAGCAUAUCAAAUUCAGAACAAUUUAAAGGCAGAGGAGAUUUGUAAGCAUUGUGAAAAGUUGAAUAGAAUAUAUAUUUAUUCUCAUAAUAUUUUCCCUAAUAUUGAAUGAAAAUUUGGGGAGUCUUUUUAUUUUUAUAUAAUUUAAAAUUUACAGAAAAGUUUCAAAAAUAGUACAAAGGACUUUUAUCCAGAUUCACCAGUUGUUCACAUUUACUUUGUCAUGCUCUCUGUGUACAUGCUUUUUUCCCUGAUCAUGUGAAAGUCAGCUGCACAUAUCAUGCCCCUCAAACCCUAAAUACUCCUUGUAAUAUUGAAUAAUUUUCUAAAAACUGUUUUCUCACACAAAAAAAUACAAAUCUAGAACUGUAAUUCUGUAAGCCUUAAAAUAAGGAAUCACUUCCAGUUCCAAUCUGAAGUUCUUUUUUAGUUUCGUUGUACCUUUUUAUGUUUGAUUUCUGCAGUCUUAGGGUGUAUAAUUUUUAUUUUUUAUGAAGUUAAUUUUUUCAUGAAGUUAAUUUCUUUUGCCUCUCUAAAACUGAGCUGUAAUUUUGGGGGAGAUUUUUAUUAGUGGAAAUUCUGAUGAAGUAUUAGAAAAGUUUUAAGAAUUAAUACCACAUGGUGAUUGUAGGGAAAAAAAAAUGUAUACCUCAAAAUUAUGUACACUCUGUAUGUAUGUCUUAGCAGGUCUAACAUGCUGAGACCUCGCAUUAUUAGCAAAUCAGAGUUUAUUUAUGUAACAUUUUAGAGCUGCCACUUCACACUGCUACUUUUUUUUUUGUGUCCCUAAGGUGUGGUAUAGUGCCAAGCACAUAGGUGGUAUCUAGUAAACAUUUGUUGAAUGAAUGUAAUAUGUAUGUAGUAUAUUUGAAAUGAAUAAUCACAGAACUAAGUUUAACAAUAUGCAUUGUUUUCCUUUCCCCUUCAUUUUCUCUGAAUAGGGCAUGGAAAAAAGACCUUAACUUGCUAAUUAAGUCAAGCCCUCUGUUGAGUGAUUGGUGUAUAUAAAACUGUAAGGGCAUUUGUACUGUGGAAAUACGGUUGGUGGGUUUCAUGUUAACUGUAUUUACCGCCCUAGCUCUCAGCUGCCCCCGACUCCAGCUGCCAGUCUUUCCAGGAGUAUUCUUACUUCACUUCGCCACCUCCCGCUGGUUUGUCCCUAAGUAAAAGCGGGCACUUGGCCCAGUGUCCGUAUCAGCCCUUUCUUGUGAACUAAGCUCCUAAUUCUAAAUCCACAGUUCGGCUCACAAGUCCUUUCUUAUUUGACUUCUUUUCUGACUAGUUUUCACUGACAAACCUCUUCUUCUUUUUUUUUUUUUUUAAAUCUAUCACCUUGGUUCCUUGUAUUUUGUUUGCUCCUAAACCUCUUAUUUUUGGCCUUUUCGUUGAUUCCUUAAAGGUUAUUUCUUGGGCUCUUUCAUUGUCGUUGUCAUAAGCAGUGUACACCGUGUGUGUCUUCACUUGUUCUCCCACGCCUACUCUGGUGCCUUUGUUUCUUAAACUUUAGUUCAGGACCAUGAUUUUCUGUUUUCUCAGCUCAUUCCUCUCCUGGCCUCCGAGUUCUAAGUUCUGUUGAUUUACCACCUCUGCCUUUCUCGUACAUCACUGCUGUUGCAUUGUCAUUGUGCUUACCAGAGGGCCGCGUGAACUGUCUCCUUAUCACCUGUCCUCGUUGCUCCACAGCGUUACCGGAUUGGCUUCCCCGGGUGCACUCUGGCAGUGCUGGUCUCCGCUUAACACCUGCAGUGACUUCAGAAGCUUGUGGGGAGAGCCAGCGUUCUUAGCGUGGUAUACAAGGUCUUUUCCUAUGUCUUCCCUACCCAAGGUUACAGUCAGUCCUUCAGAUGCCCCGUGUGGCUAGCCCUCCACACCUGGGUGGACGCUAUACUCUUCACAUCAAAUGCCCUAGCCAUCCUUUCCACCAGAAAAUUCCAUGCAUCCUCGCAGGCUCAGCAUCCGUAUCUUGUCUGAAAAUCCCCCCCCUCCAUUCAAGGAGAGUCGUAACUUUUGUGUCACCACUGUAAUUACAACCUACCUCUACUGUAUCACUUAUUGUACUGUAUUAUUUUUGUUUUUAAAAGUCUCCUUUAUUAGAAUGUGAGCUCCUUAAGGGCAGGAAGAAAAAAAAAUCUGUGUUCACUUUGGCAUCUCUAUAGCAUACUUUUUGGCAUAUGGACAUUUAAUAAACAUUUGUUGACUAAAUUGCUUUUAAAGUGACAAGUUCAUUUUAUUAGAAGUCAUACCUUCACUCCCCCUUUACAGCAAAGAUCAGUAGACCCCAAAGAUAUGGAGACUUUUUGGAAUCAAUAAAGCUGAAAUUGUA